AUGUCGCCAACUACACAGACCAAAGCUGUCAAGUCAGCCUUCCAUCGUGGUGCUGCAGCUGCAGCAAAGAAAAAGUUACAGGAGGAGGUUGAGCCACUUGCACAGAAGAUGAGCCUCUAUUGUAGGCUGCAGCAGGAGUCCAGCAAUGUCCUCGCACAGGAUGUCACACGGCGGGACAAGAUGCUUGCAAUGGUAGCACAGUCACACCACCCCAAUGUCUCUCACACAUUGGAUCCAAAUGCAUUUGGCAGCGGAGAGAAAGUGGAUGAAUUGUUGGCCCAAUAUGAUGCCUUUUUUGCACAGACACCGGUGACGUACGAGGAUCACUUCCUUCGUUUCUCCUAUGCGACUGCAGCCGCUAUCAUGUUCGACGAACACAAGGUGGCUCCUUUGGCAAGGAGAGGCGACAAGGAGCAAUUGGUGUACAUCAAGCGCAUGAACGAGUUGAUGGACGAGUGGCUUAAACCUAUGGCAAUGGCCAUGCAGACACAGGCCGCGCCGGUUUCGCCGCAGAAUGCCCCCAACGACCUCACCGCGAUCGCUAGCUCUGGCUCUGGCGAUGCAGUCACAGAUGCUGAAGCGAACACUCUCCUCAACAGCCCAGGCGACCUUCUAAAGCAAUGGUUCGUUCAGAUCUUUAAUCUGUCCGAGGAUGAUAAGGGUGUUUGGAAGGUCAAGUCGCUUACUAUGAAAGACGACGGAAGGUUCGAGUAUGAAGUUUUGCUUGCGGACUAUGAUGCCACGAUUGUUGUCACGAUGGAUGAGCUACGGAUGCUUAUGAUGGAAAGUCGACUCUCUCGAAUGUAG